CAAUCCCAUGUCAUAGAUUUACGGCAUGUAAGACAACCUUACGAGCAUGAACAAGAUGUUUCAUUAGCAAAAUUCAACAGUGAUUUCUCACCCAAGUCUCUCCUGAUUCACUACUAGAUGGCUCCUGCAGUAAAAUCAGGAUCUGCAGAAAUUGUGCAGAGGCAGUGGGCUGGCCACUCACAAAUGUACACUUUAAAGACAAUUUGUGUUUACUAUCUUCAUACUAAAUCAUAAGAACAGUCUGGUUUUGUGUCUAUCUACUAAAAGCUCCUGGGGUCCCAUUCUCUUUGAUGUAUAAAAUUGUCUAGUACUGCAAAUGGCAUAAAUUGCAUUUGGUGGGAUGAAGCAUAUUAAUGGCACAUACAUAAUAAGUGAGUGCUAUUAACCAGUUGCAAACAUUAAGUGCAGUCUUGGACUAUUCCAAAACACAACAGACUGUGGAGUCGGAUAAGGGAGGUGUUUGUAAUGUAGGAAUCCAUGUUGCAGCAUCGCAUUUGCAGUGAAAUAUCAAGAAUGAACACAAUGACUUACAGCAUACUGACACAUUAUUGUGACAAGAUGAAACUUGAGUACAUCAUGAAUGAAGAACUUAUAAUCAAGAAGGAGGUAGACACAUCUGAUAUUGAGAUUAAUGCAGAUGAUAUUAAGCAGGAAGUUCCAGUUCCAUUUGUGUUUGUUGCAGUUAAAACUGAAGUCCAGGAUGAGGCAGAAUGCUCUUUUGUUGAUGAUGGUGUGGAAACAUUUGAAGAAGAUAUAAAGAAUGAAGUAGAUGUGUUGGUACCAGAAGUGUGUCUUCAGGAGGUACCUAGAAACAAAAUUGUUACUACAAGUAAAUGCCCUACAUGUCAUGUUUGUGGCAAGGUGUUCAGAUGUGUUGCUGAAGUGAAGAGACAUAUACCGAUACAUACGGGAGAAAAGCCGCACAAAUGCGAAAUAUGCGGUAAAGGAUACAAUGAUACAGGCAACUUAAAUACACAUAAAUUGAAACAUACGGGAGAGAGGCCUUAUUUAUGUUCUGUAUGUGGUAAGGGUUUCUGUACGUCUGGGAAUUUAAAUGCGCAUACUAUGACUCAUACGGGCGAGAAGCCUUAUGUGUGUUCAGAAUGUGGCAAGGGAUUUAGUAAUUCAGGUAAUCUAAGUUAUCACAUACUUACUCAUACGGGAGAAAGACCACAUGUUUGUGAAGUUUGUGGGAAACUUUUUAGGAGACCUUCUCAUUUGAAACAACAUUUGGUCACUCAUACUGGUGAGAAAGCAUUUAUUUGUAAAAUUUGUAACAAAGGCUUUAAACAGUUUCCUGCUAUGAAAAUGCAUUCACGUACUCACAGUGGAGAAAAGCCUCAUGUGUGUAAAAUAUGUGGUAAAGGAUUUGUACAGUCUACCAAUUUAAAAACGCAUACUCUGACUCACAGUGGAGAGAAGCCUUAUGAAUGUAAUGUCUGCCGUAAGAGAUUCAUUCAGGCCAGUAAUUUGAAAAAACAUUCAUUGACUCAUACAGAGAAACCAUAUGCAUGUACAGUUUGUGGUAAAGGGUUUUCUUCAGUUUCAUACUUGAAAAAACAUAGUGACACUCAUACUGAAUAAGUCUGAAUAAAAUUACUUUCCUGUUGAAAAAUGUAGUCAGACAUUUAUAGUUGGUAAUGUAACAAGAAUCUGAAUACAUUAUUGUACAAUAUUUAGAAUAUUUUUUUUUUACAGCAAAUGUCAGUGGGUAUGAUCAUGAUGACCUUCCUGGCAUUUGCCAACUUCCGUUUUAUCCCAAAAUGUUGCAGAGCUAAAGAAAACAGCUUGAAGAGGGAGGAUUAUGUAAACAAUUUGAAUUUACAGUCUGUCAGCCAUGCUCUAGUAGUGUACAUAUCAACGUAUGCUGUAGUAUUUUCUCCAAAUAUCCAACUUCCAAUGAUCUCCAUCCAUCAACACUUGCAACAGUUUCCAUGGGGGUUGAUGUCAAACUUUCAAAUUAUCUUAAUGAUCUCUCAAAUAGUAAGGACUGCAGCUGUCAAAUUUGUCAUCAUAUCAUAACAAUUUAUAUGUAUAUAAUUUAUAAUUAAAUAUCAAUAUUUCUAUUUAUCAUAUGCAAAUGUCAUAUAAUUCAUUGUUUAUUGUUUUUAUUUAAUUGUUAUUCAUAUACAGUAUAGGCAUUACAUUGCAUGUAAAAAUAUAAAUAUGUGACAUGAAUCUGUGCCCAGCUACAUUCAUAUCUUCAUUUAAUUUAAAUCAAGGAAUUAAAUUUGUUCAAUGUGAAUUUACCUUAUGUGCUAUUCUCAAGGAACAUACCCCUCAAACUCAAUGAAGAUUUAUUGUUAUAUUCAUUGUUAUUGUUUGAUGAAUAAUAGAUUUUGUCAUAAAGUAUGUGCUGUUAACCAUAUCAUUUUAAUAUGAAUUGUAUAUCUGCAAGUGUUCAAGCAAUUAAAAUAUUUAUCAGCUAA